UAAAGAAUAAGAUGCUAUUUCUUUCUGUCUAAUCCUUUUGUAUUUUGUUUUCUUAUCGAGAGCCAAAACGUGUAUCUGGUUUGCAAAUAACUCACUAUCAAGAUUAGAUUUGGAUCCUUAAUUUGAGGAAGUUUCUCAAAAGAUGGACACACAAUCUUCUAAAGGAACAAUGGUUACCAGAGAAGAAGGUACGAGCAUUGGCGAUGAAAUUUUUGUUGAUGAAUGCAGAAUCAUAACUCAUCAAGACUCAAUCUGGAAUUUUCAGGAAAUCGGAGAAAAUGAGAGACAGUGGAUGCAAUCAUUGGAGAAGAGAAGAGGGGACAUUGGCUCAUUGCAGAAGCCAAAAAUUCAAAAGGUCACUAAAAAGUUUCGCGAGAUUGAAUCAAACGUGAGGUUCUAUGAGCCCCUUGUGGUUUCUAUCGGACCAUUUCACCAUGGCAAACCAGAACUUCAGCUUAUGGAGAAGCACAAGGAGCUACAAGCACUUCAGUUUGCCGAUCAAGAUAGUACCAAAGAAAGACCUGAAGGGGUCUUCAAAUGGCUUCCGACAACUUCAGUGUCCAUCGAUGUGCUUUACAAAAAGGUCAAGAACAUUAUGCCUAGUGUCAGGGAGUGUUAUGAUGAUGAACUGAUCAAAGAAUACAGCCACGAGGAGUUUGCACAGAUGAUGCUUCUGGACGGAUGCUUCAUCCUCCAAUACUUUCACUGUAUUGUCACCGGCAAUUCUAAGGAGCUCAAAAUGAAGAGCCAUGAUAUAGCUUUCAUUCGCCGUGAUCUUUUCUUACUGGAGAAUCAGUUACCAUUGGAAGUCUUGCAGGUGCUAAUGAGCUGUAAGUUCAAGAAUAAUGAAGGACUGGGGAUGAUAAAAAAGUUCAUCUCAAGUGCACAUACAAAACCUCCUCAACCUACCGGAUUCAUUGAAGGUAUCAACGAUUUCAUUCUUGAUUUCUUUGGGGAUACUCAAAAAGUUAUGAGCUUUCUUGGGAAGAUCUGUGGAGAAGAAGAGCCUUCCUUUACAAAACAAGAAAGCAUGAAAAAUCGGCUUCCUGCUCAUCUCCUCGAGCUAUUAAAAAUACAUCUCAUAGAUCCGAAUGCUUUCUCUGAAGGUGGGUGCUAUCUAAGGGGUGAGUGGUGCCCUUAUCGUUCAGCCAUGGAGCUGCGGAGAGCAGGAAUCUGUUUCAUGCCUGGAAAGAGUCGUCGUCUUUCAGAAAUUAAGUUCGCUUCAUUUCAUUGUACAGCUCAUUUAACACUUCCACGUAUAACCAUAGAUGAUUCUACCAAGGCGGAGUUUUUAAACUUGAUCGCGUAUGAAGCAUGUCCUGAUACGCCAGAUGACUUUGCAAUUACAUCUUAUAUUUGCUUCAUGCGUUCACUUAUUGAUAAUGCUGAAGAUGUGAAGGAGUUGAGAUCAAAAGAUAUACUUCUUAACUUUUUUGGAACUGAUGAAGAAGUAGAGAACCUCUUCAAGGAGAUAGCUCUAAAUUUGGUGCCUAAUCCACAUGCCUUUGUUGACGUGAAAGACAAAAUUGAGAAACAGUGCAGCAGCAGACGAAAAGCAUGGUGUGCUGAGUUGAAGAACACUCAUUUUGCUAGCCCCUGGACUAUUUUGGCAUUCAUUGCGGCACUUUUUGUCAUCGCUUUGCAAGUCGCUGGUCUUGUUCUAUCAGCCUUCCAAACCUAUUACGCAGCUCAUGACAACAAAGGGAGCUAGUAACGAUCGAUAAGAUUCAAAACCAGCCAGCCAUUUCCUUUUUCUGCAGUCAUGUUUGUUGAAUAAUUCAUCAUUUCUUUUACCUUUCUGCCAUGAUUUGUACUCCCUUAAUCUAUGAUGUUUAUAUUCUCCUUAACACUUUAUUUGUGUACUAUUACUACUUUGAAGCACAUGAAUGGUAUCAGUUAUCACUGUAUCAUCAUUGAAACUUUUGAAUGGCUAUUAAGAAUAAUAUGA